AUGGUGCUGGCAGCAGACUCAGACAAUGAUGGGAAAUUGUCCUUGGAAGAAUUCCAGGCCUUCUUUUCUGAUGGAACUCUUAAUGAGGAGGAGUUGGAGAAACUUUUCCACACCAUCGAUUCUGACAACACCAGUAACGUGGAUACCAAGGAGUUGUGUGAUUACUUCGCUGAACACAUGGGAGAUUAUGAAGAUGUGUUGGCAUCCCUGGAAACACUCAAUCUCUCCAUCCUGAAGGCCAUGGACUACACAAAACGGGUCUACGAACGAGGGACAAACGUGGACCAGUUCGUGACCCGUUUCCUGCUGAAAGAGACGGCCAAUCAGAUUCAGUCCUUGCUGAGCUCGGUGGAAAGUGCCGUGGAUGCCAUCGACGAGCAAACCAGCCAGAUAAGACACAUCCACAAUAAAUCUGGCCAUAAUGCUAUGGACAGUUGGUAUGACAAUCCUGUGUCAGGUUAUUCACCCAAUAACAGAAUCAUGACCAAAGAACGCAGGAAAACUUUGCCUUCAGAAGUUGUGGGUGCUCCAACACUGGAGGCUUUUAAGAAGAGACUGGACAGCCAUUUGUCCAGAAUGUCAGAGUUUUGUGGGAGCUUGGAAUCGAAAUAUCUUCUCUUGGUCCGAAGCGAAAUGAACGUUUCUCAGAAACACCUGGGAGAAUUCUGUGCCUCCCUGAAGCAAUACUUGAAGACCGUGGCUGGAGAACAAGAUUGCUUCCAUGUAACUGCAGUCAGGCUGCCUGAUGGAGUCACUUUCAUUGUCUACGAAUUCUGGGAGAAUGAGGAUGACUGGAAAAGACACCUCCAGAGCCCCGUCUGUAAAAGUUUCCAGCAUGUCAAAGUGGAUACGCUGAAUCAGCCAGAAGGAGUAUCCAGUGUGUCAGUGCCAGCUGCCUGGUGCACCCUCAACCGAGACUGA